AUGUGGCUGCCUUUGGAUAAAGAACGAGCCAUAAAACUGCUUAAUAAUCAGAACGUGCAAUUGAAGUCUCGAAUCAAGGAAUUGGAGUUGGCUAUGAAAAAUCAGGAUCAUAUAAUUCGUGAUAAAGAUGGGGAAAAAUCUGCAUCGCAACAGCGUGAUGGCGUCGCCGAAAACAUCGAAAUUAUACGUCUAAGGCGACAGCUUAUGGAGAAAGAGAAGGAAAUUGAGAGAUUGUCGGCCCAGCUUGCCUUAACCAUGGAAGAAAUGAAGUUGACAGGCACAGAGGAGCACAGUACAAGCAGACAAGAAUUCCAGGCAGAGGCCAUAAAAAGCAAUGAGCUGCAAGUUAAACUGCGCCAUCUUGAGAACCUAGUGGCCAAAUAUGAACGAGAAAACGAAGACAUUCGCGAAUCCAAUGCCCAAAUACCAAAAAGCUCAACAGUACAGGAAUCAGACCCUAAGACAGUGAGUUUAUUGUUGGAAAAACUACAGCGUCUGGAACGCAGAAUGUCUGAUUCGCGGGGUGAUAGAGAAAAGCAGUACGAAGAGAUGCGUCGUAUUCAUAGCACCCUACAAACUCGAGCGCGGAGUGCGGAGGCACGAAUUGAGGCACUUUAUCGACGCUUAGAGGAACAACAACCUUCUCGGAACCUGCAAGAGCUGUGUAAGUCAGUUGGUCUGGAUGUAGAGGAUUUGGAGGCUGCGCUCAUUCGAAUGAGUGGACAAAAAGACUACCUUGUCGAGAGUAUAGAUGGAACUGGACUUCCAUGGACUUCAAAAACACCUCAAAACGAAGUGGUCGGCUGCAUGACGGAGAAUAUACACACCAAGGCGGCAGAGGGACUGGAUCGAGCAAAUCGACUACCUGAUGCGCAUCACCAAAUGCCAGAGGAGCAUGGAGGAGCGAUGGAGAGUGCCACACUCCAAAUGGACCCAGCCCCUAUCGAUACAGAUACGCGAUUUUUGGAAUCGUGGGGCGGUCGGCUCAUGAAACCAAGCCCGCAGCUGGCCCCGCCUGUAACGAUCAACUUGGGUGAGAUGAACCUGACUCCGGUGCAAUUGGAAGCUUGUCCAUACGGAAUAUUUUGUGCAUGGCGUUUUUAUAGCUUCGAGACCCAAUCGACUGGUGUUGUUCGCGGUAAACGGUCCAACUUCAACCUCACCGUCCAGUAUCCUGUCAUCACAGACGAGUUAUUUUGGACAUACCUUCAUAAGGGACGUUGCUUUGUGAAGCUUCACAGAGUAUUGCCGGACCUGUCAUCGGAAGAGAUUGGAGAAUUUGAAUUGGGCCUGCAUUAUCUUCUUCGGCCGGAAUCAUAUGCGCCAACUAACGCAGAGGGCCCAGCAGAGCAUCCAGUUAGGGUUAGCAGAGUGGGACAAUUUCGCGCAACAAAGCACGGUCAAAAUGUUGAGGAGAGUAAGCACCAACAGCUCGUCAUUGGACAGGUUAUCUACUGGAUGGGAUUUCGUGCUCCUAUUGAUUAUUCACUUAGGUACUACUUUAAGCAACAUCAGAGGAGGAAAUCAAAAGAUUCUGGCGACGCUUCCAUCAAGACAGCAGAUCGUAAUAAAAAGAAGCGAUUAUUGAUAGAGUUGAGUGUGGAAGAAUUCAUGCCUCAUGUGAAUUUUUGCUUCGCUUACACCUUCUGGAGGUGCUCAGAAUACGUAUCCAGCGCAUACAAGCCACCAGCAUCUGACGUCAGACUAAUCACUCUUAAAGACUCCCCUCAACUUGACAGACAUCUACGAUCAUCCAGUCUGAAGGUGCUUCUUACUGAGGGGAAGGUGGGAUCGUGUCUCGGGGUGGUCUGCAUACCCCUUUCUGGACUGGCAGAGGGUGGCGGGUCAGUCAACGGGACGUUUGAGGUUUAUCAACAGCCUUCGAAGUCGCCUAAAAUACCACCUAUCAAGGUUAGAAUGCAAUGGGAAUCUGGAACCGCUACAGGCACCAGACGCAUUAAUACCUACUGUCCGACUUCAUUGCAAAAUCUGCGCAGUUCAAAAGCUCACUUCACUUUGAUUGCAACAACCUGUUCAUCCGCCAAGCCGACUGCCUAG